UACCCGACGACCACCACCAGCUGAACCAACCCGCGCCACCCCGUUAAGCCCACAUCUGAGGGACACAAUUUUCAAAUAUUAUCGCCAAUAUCUCCGCUAAUACGAGGACAAGCACGAAGUUUGCGUGUGCCGCCCUUCGCCGGGAUGGAGGACGUGUGCCUCGUCAGCGGCAAGGCAUUAUGGGGCGUUAUCUGCGGGACGUAUGUGUUGCCGUCCGAUGAGGUGGUGGGGGAUGAGCUGCAGCAGGCUGCUCCACAUCUGCGUGCUGGCCUGAGGGCAUAUGCCAAGCCGUCGGGAGACCACUUCGACCGCUGGGCCAAGACUGCCAAGGUCACGGAGAAGGAGAAGAAUUUUGUCAAGAAGUUGUCUGACCUUCUGGACUUGUCUGCAGGUCACAGCUGGGAGGUGUUUCAGUUCUUCCUGGUGAAUGAGUACACCAAGGCAGACUCUUCCCUAGCUGACCUCCUCACCAGCCAGCGCGAUGAGGAGUCUUUCAGGGCACACCUCCUCCGCUUCUACCUCGGGGACCGCCUCCACCUCCUCCGCUGUCUGAGACACAUUGUAGCCAACACUGCCAAUCCACAACACCCAUACCAGAAUCUGUUCAGUGACUUCAUGCGUGAUGUGCUUGAUAAGGGUGGCACGUUGGAGAACUGCCUUUUGCAGCAGGUGAUCAACAACAACAAUGGCAGUAAUGGCAGCACCUGUGUGGCAGCCUCCAGUAUGCCCCCAGAUGGUCCAAUCCCUGGCCCAUCCACCCGUCUGGCCCACCACCUGGCCGAGCUGCAGGAAAUUCUGGCCACUUUGCUGGUCUACUACAGCAGCACCGGAAGAUCUCCAUCGCCGGCCACCUUUAAGAGCCUGGUGCAGCUGGCCCAGGGUGGUGGUCUUGGGGGACGGCCUGACCUGCAGGAGGGGCUGAGGGAGAUCCACACACCCCUGGUGGAGACCCUGGAUGCCACACACACCCUCCUGCUUGUCCUCAUCAUCAAUGUUGACAUGCCCACUAGUGGCCACAGUUUGUGUGAGAGUGAGUGGGUGAGUAAGCUGGAUCCCAUCAUGGCUGGGUUGGGAGCACGCAAACCCCACCUGGCUCCUCUUCUGGCCUGGGCAGUGCUCCAUCUACGUGCUGCAGCUGACCAGGCCUCCACUUCUACCUCCUCUGCCUCUGCUGCUUCCACCAGGACCUACCACAGGCUGGCUGAGAGGGCCCUCAGUGGCAAUGUGUUUAGCUACCUGCAGACAGCUCUCAGCUGUGCCCCUAUACAGGGAGACAAGCUGUUGCUGCGCCUGGCCUCCUCAGUGGUGUACUCCCUCAUGUGUGCCACAGCUAACUGCCUACCCCUGGCUCCAGCACACCAGCCUGUCCUGAGCUCACUGGCCAAGACUCUCCUUGCACAGGACCCACCAGCUGACCUUUUCUGGGCUGAGGAAGACGGAGGUGCUGGCCUGUUGCUGCCACACGCUCUGGAGGUGUUUCCGUACGAGGUGGAGCCACUCCUGUCCCUUGCUACAGCUCUUGCUGGGGCCAAUCCUGACAGCUGCCUCAAGGUAAUAGAGCUGCUGAGUGAGGUGCCAUACCUCACCUGGCCCCUGGAGCUUGGGGAUUGCCCAGUGCAGCAGGUGAGGGAAGGAGGCUACUGCACCAUGGCAUCCUUCCAGCUGCUGCCAUCCAUCACAGUGCCACCACGCACCUGUGGCUCGCUGGUGCCGGCCAACGUGCGGCUGGUAGCCUGGAAUACUCCCACCAAUGCCUGGCAGGUGCUUCUGGCCAUCAUGAACAUGCUGGGGCUGGAGGUGAGCAGCGGAGCAACAGUGGCCGACCCUCAGGUGAUGAAGGCCGUGUGCUCCACCCUGCAACUGAUGACAGCUGUACUGGCCACUCUCCCCGCCCAGCUGCCAGCAUUGGUCCAUGUGGUGCAUGAGUCGUUGGUCUUACUGCGAAGGGUGUCUCAUGUGUCCCGCCCACCUGGUGAACUGGUGGCAGCUCUUCUGGCCAUGCUGGCAGAGGUGUCCUCUCAGGAGGCCAAGAGUGUGUGGACUGAACUGGAGGGCAGUCCUCUGUUGCCAUAUCUGGCCCUCCCAGAGAGUUCAGCAUCGGGGGCCAAGAGGGGGAAGGCUGACCCCUUUGUUGGGUACCGUGCUGGGGGUCUGCGGGCACUGGUGUGUGGGGAGGAAGCAGCAAUGGGCACCUACCCCAUCUUGCGCUCCUAUACUAGCUUGCUUGCUGCUGCUAUCAAGGGUGGAGUGCGUACAGGCAGUGUACAGGGCGGUGUGGUGUUCAUGGCAAGGGAGGUGACGGGGGCACUGAUGCGCUGGUGCUACAGGACACAGGAAGAGAGGGACAAGCUGUUUGAGUGUUGCCUCACCUUGCUACAUCACACACUAGAGGAUCCUGGCCUAGACACAAGUGUCCACACCUUAGUGGUUCGUCAGCUGGUGGACAGGAGCAGUGCUGGUCGCACCCUGCUGUCGGUGGUGGAGAGUGGUGCCAGCCUAGAGGGGGUGCUCAGCCUGCCCUCCCACUCCCCAGCCUCUACCCAGGCUCUCCGCCUCACACGCACUGCCCAGAUGGCUCUUUCCAUUCUCCAUCGGCUGGUUGGAGAGGAGAGCAGCACUGAGGGGCUUAGCCAGUUGCUGCGAGCCACUCCCUUCCCUGGUGUACCCCUUGGCAGCUCCCCAGGGGUGGGACGGGGCCAAGGCAGUAGUGCCACCCCUCACCUGGCUCUCACUGUGGCCCUGUAUGCACACCAGCGCCUCAACCCUCGCCUCCUGUAUUUGGCCCUGCGUACUCUCACACGCUUUGCUCAGAAACUUGAUGUGCCUUUGGUGGCAUGCUUUGGUGCCGAGGCUGACGGGAUCCGAGACGCUCUACUGCGGCGCCUGGAGUCCCCAACGGAGGAUGUGGGGGUGAAAGUGGCACUGCUGCGGCUGCUGACGGCCUCCACCACUCGGCAGCAGGGCCUCACCAAUGCCUUCCUCACCCCACCAGAGAAGCUGCUUGAUCCUCUCAUCUCCCUUGCUAGUCUCACUGGGAAGGGCAGCCCUGGCCAUGAGGUGGUGCUGGCAGUGGUGGAGCUGGUUGAUGCCCUGUGGAGUCAGAAAUACUCCACUGCCACAUGCCACAUGCAGGCUAAGAAGGAGUUCUGUGAUGCCCUCACCUGCCCCCUCACCUCACACAAGCCAGGUGAGGUGAGUGAUGCCAUUGUUGGUCACUGCUUCAGCAUCCUGGCACGGCAACUGUUCUGUGCCGACUCAUCACCGCCAGCUAGCCUCUCCGCAGCCAUGGACCGUCUCUUUAGUCCAGACUCCAGCUCUUCUGUCUCCAUGUGGUCUGAGCAUGUGUUGUCGAAGGUGGAGGACGGGUGGAAGAAGAGCCGGGAUGUGCGGGAAGUGUUGGUGCCAGCAUGGAGGGACUUUGUGGUGGUGGUUGUGAUGCGUGCACGGUCCUGGCUCACCCCACAGCUAAAGGUGAAACUGGCUGGGGACAUCCUGGAGGGACUGUUGCAGCAGGUAGGCAGCAGUGAGGAGCCAGACCAGCCCCUCACACUGCUGCUGGCUGAGGUGUACAUUGCUCUGGUGAAGCACUGCAGCAAACAACUGGCAGAGAAACAGGAAUUCUUUGAUCAGACAAGCAAGCUCUUGGCAUGGCUGCAGGGUGUUGUGAUGACCACCUCCACCCACUGCCAGCUACUCAUCCUAGGAGCAGCUCUCUCCCUCAUCACCCUCACUGAUGUAACACCACAGUCACACGGUCUGGUGUCAUGCCUUGUGAGUCCAGUUGGAAACCUGGUGCAGCAGCAUGGCCGGCUUGCAGGCUCAACUACUCAGAGCUGCACGUCAGCAUCCACCUUGGGUCUGGCCACUGCACUCCUGCACCAGCUUCUCCUGCGCUGCCAGCCAGACACAGCACAGCAACUUCUGGCCCAAUUUCCUGUGGUGCCAGCACUCCUACAUGCUACAGAGACCUACAUGAAGAGUGGAGAUGAGGAAGUGGUGGGUGAGAUGGUGAGUCUGCUGGCCACCCUCUGCCGCACUGCACACCCCUGGGAAGAGGUGUCUCCCUCAACUUUUUCCUCAACACUUACCCUGGCUGUCCCAUCUACCAAGACAAGUCUACUGAGUGGUGUGGUGUGGUGUAUGGUGUGGGGGGUGAGGCACAUGGGGGCCAUGGGGGUGGAGGGAGGUGUGAAUGUAGCAGCUGUCCACCUUCAAGCCCUCUGUGGCUCCCUAGCUAUCCCCCACAAGGAGCCCAACCUGGCCCUGGCUUCAGCAGCCCUGGUAGAGGCUCUGGCUCCUCAUGCUGGACUGUGGAUCGUUCUGCACCAAGCCUCCUAUACCCAGCUGACUGCUGCCACCACCCGCUGCAUACACACCACCAAGCACCUGCUCUGCACACCUCGGUUUGUUCAAAGGGAGUUGGGUGGAGAGAGUGGCAGUAGGAGUGGUGGUGCCACUUCUGCCAUCAGUGAUGCUGCUGCCACCAUCACACCAGCAACAACAGCUGCCCUCAAUAAGAUGCUGAAUGUGUUGUGUGCCUGCCUCAGUGCUAUUCAGUCCCUGGGACCAGACCUAACUGACCUCUUGUGUGGGCCGGGUUCAGAUGUGGGUGCGUGGACACUCUUCUUCCACCCAUCUUUUCGCACUGUGUCGGCACACGACCCCUCGGCACAGCCCAGCCUGGCUUCCCUUACCGCUGUGCUAGAACUUUAUGACAGUCAUGCGUCUAAGGAGAGUCGUGGAGUGUCGCCAUGCCGUAGUGGUGCCCCAGAGAUUGGUCUCAGUCUGCAGGUCUUGGCUCUUUGUGCUGAAAAGGCUCUGCUGCUAUUGCUGACACAAGCCACCCUGGCGCUGAUGAGUCCUGAUACAGCACCACGUGAUGCACAGAGGAUCAGACAGAAUAUGGCUGAUGACAUGAACUCCUUCUUUCACCACUCACUGGGCCGCAGGCCACCUGCCUCCCCAUUGCCCAUUGCCAUGGCUGGAGCCUCCACUGCUGGAGGCAACACCCACAUCAGCCUAGACUACCUUCGUCUUGCUCAGCAGUUGGUGACCAGACUUUGUGUCACCAAAUGAUAGUGGCAGACUGUGGGCCAUUUUUGGCCUGCAUAACUUUUAAAGCUCUUGAAUCACUGCCGAGCCAAGUACAAGUGAUCCCUCUUGCAAUACAACCCAGGAAGUGCUGCCCAAGAGCAAGCAAGUCCAUGUGACAUUGUCUCACUUCACCCUAUUUAAAUGUCUCAUUUUUUCAUACAUAUGUGAUGUUACUCUGGUCUUGAUUGUCAGGCUGCAUGUGGUGACUGAAUCCUGUAUUGAAAGUUAAACUUGGGUUGCAUCACUACAUGUUUAUGGCAUGUAAUAUCAGAUUUUACACUAAAUGAUUAUAAUUUAUAAGACUUUUUUUAAAUAAAAUAAAUAUUUUGUUCUGUAAUUA